AUGGCAGAUGAAGUUGAUGUGCAGACGUCGUUUCCACUCUCUCGCUUUGUCAAGGGCCAAGAGUCCCAUCAAAUCAAUUUUGCGAUUGGUGGAGCAGAUAGCAAUGGAACGACUGUAUUUGGCUUGAACGGAGAGCGGGCCUGUGAAUGGAGGGGACAUAAACUCGUGCGAAACAUCACCGAUCUUUGCAGGGACAGUCGAAAUCUUUUGCUUCCAAUUACUAAGAAUCGUAACUUCGGCUUUAGGAACGUCACCAGAAGUGGCAGAAUGCAAUCGACCUGCGCUGGUGCACACCAUCACGGGUAA